UGUGUUGAGCGGUCUCUCUAGUGCACAGUGCAUGUGGUAGUUAGGAAGUUGACUUUAGUACAUUCAUCAGAUUAAAGCUCAGAGAUGUCAUUCAGAGGGGGUGGCUUUCGAGGAGGCCGGGGUGGAGGAGGAGGUGGCGGCUUUAAUAGGGGUGCAGGAAGAGGAGGCUUUGGGGGUCGGGGCGGAGGCGGUGGAUUUCGGGGUGGCGGCCGAGGGGGCUUCAACAGACAGCAAGAUUACGGUCCUCCAGAACAUGUGGUUGCUCUCGGCGAGUUCCUGCACCCGUGUGAGGAUGACAUUGUGUGCAAAUGCGUCACUGAGGAGAACAAGGUGCCAUACUUCAAUGCUCCAGUCUACCUGGAGAACAAGGAGCAGAUCGGCAAAGUGGAUGAAAUCUUCGGCCAGCUUCGUGACUUUUACUUUUCUGUCAAGCUCUCAGAAAAUAUGAAGGCAUCUUCAUUCAAGAAAUUACAGAAGUUCUACAUCGACCCCAUGAAGCUGCUGCCCUUACAGAGGUUCCUGCCCCGUCCCCCAGGGGAGAAGGGUCCACCGAGGGGAGGCCGAGGAGGUGGUAGGGGCGGAGCCCGAGGAGGCGGACGUGGUGGUGGUUUCCGUGGUGGCAGAGGUGGGGGAGGCCGAGGGGGUGGCUUUGGUGGAGGACGAGGUGGUGGUGGUGGAGGUUUCCGUGGAGGAAGAGGAGGAGGCCGGGGGUUCAGAGGUGGAAGGUGAUCAGCCCCACACUGUUGUUGCUAAAGUUUGGAUCACAGUAUCUUUCAUAAUGAUGAAAUGAAGCAGUACGGCUGGAGGGUGGGCUUCUCUUGGACUCGAUUGGUGCUGAAUGGACUUUUUCCCCCAUGCUGUCUUCAGACCUCCUCAGGCCUACUUUUGGACCUUGAAUUUAUUACUUUGGAAAGUUACCAUUUUUAUGAAAUGUACCUUUUGUGAUUUUUCAGACUGUUAGGUCUGUCACAGGCAGUGAGAACAAAUAUUAAAUUCUUGAAU